AUGCGCCCGGCAUUGGAAUUACUGCACAGGCAAGAAUAAGUUGGACCGCCUGUCUUCACUAAAAAAGGAAAGAAAAGAACUCAUGAUUUAAGUAUGGCAGUGUUCCGAAUAAGAAGAAUGAGGUGUUUUUGCGUCUGGUUGCUCCCCAUCAUAGUGGCUGUGGUGUGCGCCCAAAGUGCCGGUGUCAAUGACCCUAGCAAUAUGUCUUUGGUGAAAGAAACGGUGGAUAGACUCUUAAAAGGUUAUGAUAUACGAUUGAGGCCAGAUUUCGGAGGUGCACCGGUUGGAGUGGGGAUGAAUAUAGACAUAGCCAGCAUAGACAUGGUAUCAGAAGUCAAUAUGGACUACACAUUGACAAUGUACUUCCAGCAGGCCUGGCGAGACAAGCGGCUGUCCUAUUCUGAGAUCCCGCUCAACCUGACCUUAGAUAACCGGGUGGCUGACCAGCUCUGGGUCCCCGACACCUACUUCCUCAACGACAAGAAAUCGUUUGUCCACGGUGUCACAGUGAAAAAUAGAAUGAUUCGGCUGCACCCGGAUGGUACAGUGUUGUAUGGUCUAAGGAUCACUACCACUGCUGCUUGUAUGAUGGACCUCAGGAGGUAUCCGCUGGACGAGCAAAACUGCACACUCGAGAUAGAAAGUUAUGGCUACACAACAGAUGACAUUGAAUUCUACUGGCGAGGAGGUGAUAACGCUGUGACAGGGGUGGACAAGAUUGAACUGCCACAGUUCUCCAUUGUGGAUCAUAAGCUCAUCUCCAAGAAUGUUGUCUUCUCCACAGGUGCUUACCCCCGUCUGUCCCUGAGUUUUAAGCUGAAGAGAAACAUCGGGUACUUCAUCCUGCAGACCUACAUGCCUUCUAUCCUCAUCACCAUCCUCUCCUGGGUCUCUUUCUGGAUCAACUAUGACGCUUCUGCUGCCAGAGUGGCUCUAGGUAUCACCACGGUGCUCACCAUGACCACCAUCAACACCCACCUGAGGGAAACUCUCCCCAAAAUCCCGUACGUCAAGGCCAUUGAUAUGUACCUCAUGGGCUGCUUCGUCUUCGUGUUCAUGGCUCUGCUGGAGUACGCGCUGGUGAACUACAUCUUCUUUGGCCGAGGGCCUCAGCGUCAGAAAAAGGCAGCUGAGAAGAUAGCUACAGCCAACAACGAAAAGAUGAGGAUGGAUCCCAACAAGUGGCUUGUGGGGAACGUAGUUGGCAGAGAUGAUACUCUGUAUGCAAGAAUGAAACAAAGGGAUCUCGAUGGCCACGACUCCAUGUGGGAACCGAUCUUUGUGGAUGAUGCAGCAAUUGGACUUGGCGAUCAGAAGAAUAAGAUGGACCCACAUGAAAACAUCCUGUUGGGCACCCUGGAUAUCAAGAACGACAUGGGCGUCUCAGAGCUGGCUCUGGGUCUCAAUGACCCACGAAAUACCAUGCUGACAUACGACAGUUCCACCCUACAGUACCGCAAAGCAGGGCUGGCCAGGCACAACUUUGGCCGAAAUGCGCUAGAGCGCCACAUGACUCAAAAGAAGAGCCGACUACGGAGGCGCGCCUCGCAGCUAAAAAUCACCAUCCCAGACUUGACUGAUGUAAACUCUAUUGACAAAUGGUCGAGGAUGAUCUUCCCAACUGUUUUUUCCUUCUUCAACAUUGUUUACUGGCUUUAUUAUGUCAAUUAA